ACCAACCACAAUUUAAAAACCUCUCCCCUAAGCUCAAAAUUUUCUCUCCAUCCAAACAUGAUUAAAACCCCACCAAAUCCCAUGGAGACUUUCUACAAAUCCAAGGACUAUCCUCAGAUGGCUAGAGGAAUGUCUUUCUUGGCCUUUGUUUUCUCCAUGCUGAUUUACAUUUCUGUCUUCUACAUCUUCAAGCUCUCCCCUUAUGCUUUGUUCAACAAUACUAAGUUCUGGUUCUUCAUUUCCAACACUAUCAUUCUCAUUAUUGCGGCUGAUUAUGGAGCCUUUUCUUCGUCUAAAGCGAAAAUCGACCUGUAUGACGAGUACGUACUACGCAACCAGACGAGAAAUAUUGCUGCUUCUUCUGUUUCCCAGUAUUCGGAGAUUGAGAGGGAGAGCACUCCUAAAGAGGAAGCAGAGGCUUUGUUGUCGUCAGAGAAUAAGGGUGAAAUCGAGGAAAGAGUAUUGGAAGUUGUUCAGGACGAACCUGAAAACUUUACUCGUAAAACUGUUGAUGUCAGGAGGUGUAUGGUGUCUUGUCACGAUGUAUCUGUAAAAACAAAUGUGGAAGAAAAUGUACCGGAUGAUGAUGAUGGAGCUUUUGAGGUGAAGAGUAUUGACCUAAAAACUUUCCGGCGGAGCAAAUCGGAUAGAGGGAGACCCGUAAAGGUCGUUAAGGAGAGUAUUAAGAGCAGUCUUCAAAGGUCAGAUACUGAGAAACAUCACGAUGGACCAAGAAUGGAAGAGAUUAAUGAGUUUUCUACCAUGUCGGAUGAGGAGCUGAAUAGGAGAGUCGAAGAGUUUAUUGAGAGAUUCAAUAGACAGAUUCGGCUUCAAGGUGCAAGAAACCGCAGACUGAGAAAUGAGUAGGAGACAUAUUAUAGAGCAUUUCUCUGUUCUAUUAUGUGUAUUUCUUUCUUUUGUCCACUUUGCUAGCCGGUGUAAAUUACUGCUUUCGAGUUUAGUACGGACAUGGAGAGUUAUCUUUUCCAAUCAUCUUCCUUUUGUGUCUAUUCUAAAAUGGCAAAACUUCUUCAAAAAAUUUUAAGGUAAUUA